AUGGAUCAUAGCAUCAUGAUGGUCAAGAGUGAGAUUGAGAACUACCCGGGAUCAUCUCCUGCAAUGACUAUCAAUGCACCGGAUGGCGGCACCGAGGUGGGCCCGGUUGUCAGGAGGAGGAGAAGGGAGCCGUCUUUGCUUGCACCGAUCAACGGCGACACCAAUGGCAGCGGCAUUGGCAAGACGUCCUUGUCAGGCAUCACCGUUAAGAGGAGCUCCAGGUUUCGUGGAGUUAGCAGAAGCGAGGCUUCGAACCUAGGUUGGCUAGCCCACCGUCUCGUGGAGCUAGCCGGAAGACACCCGAGCGUUUCUCACAAGAAUAUCUUGUCAUGCAGGCACAGAUGGACAGGUCGUUUCGAAGCACAUUUGUGGGACAAGAACUCCUGGAAUCCUACACAGAGGAAGAAGGGCAAACAGGUGUAUCUUGGAGCAUAUGAUGAGGAGGAGGCAGCAGCAAGGGCUUACGACCUUGCUGCUCUAAAAUACUGGGGACCAACCACUUAUACAAAUUUCCCGGUAAUGGACUAUGAAAAGGAGUUGAAGAUAAUGGAGAAUCUUACCAAGGAAGAGUACCUUGCAUCACUAAGGAGGAAGAGCAGUGGCUUUUCAAGAGGUGUGUCCAAGUACAGAGGGGUUGCCAGGCAUCAUCAAAACGGAAGAUGGGAAGCCAGAAUUGGGCGGGUUUUCGGGAACAAGUACCUCUACCUAGGGACCUACAGCACCCAAGAAGAGGCUGCCCGUGCCUACGACAUCGCCGCGAUCGAGUACAAAGGCGUAAACGCCGUCACAAACUUCGACCUGAGAUCAUACAUCACAUGGCUAAAGCCAGCCCCUGCUCCUGUCGCCAUGAACCCUGAAGCUCUUGCAAUGCAGAUACCUGCAGAUCACCAAUUCCUCCCAGUGGAAACCCAGAUGGUGAUGCUCCCUCACAGUCACAGCAACCCUUUCAUCUCAGAUCACAAUGCAGCACCACUGGGUGGUGGUGGUGGUGGUGGUGGUGGUGAUGAUGGUGGCAGUAGUAGUAGUAAUCAGGAAGCCUCCAUGAUGGUUUCUCCCAGUGUCUCAAGGAAGAGAGGCUCAUCCACUGCACUCAGCCUUCUUCUGAAGUCAUCCAUGUUCAGGCAGCUGGUUGAGAAGAACUCUGAUGCAGGCGAAGGAAAUGGAGGCGAGAUCAGAGAACAGCUGGGUGCCCAUCCAGCGGAAGGCUAUGAAUACCACAACUUCUUCCGUGGAGAUGCUGCUCCUGAAAUGUGUGAUCUGCUUUCAUCAGGAAGUGUCCAUGCUGCUAGCAGUGCUGGAUUUGAAGGAGACGUCGCGUGUUUUGGCGAUGACGAGAGAACGGCCUGGGAUGGUUUUGGAAGCAUGCAAAUGCAAUAG